AUGUCAGACAAUUCGCAAAAACUUACUCAAGAACAAAAGGAUGCUGAGAACUUCAACCCAGACAAUCUUAUUGUCAAUAUUGGGGGAAAGCUGGUUCCAUUCUCACUGAUCAACAAGCCACACCAUGCAAUUGUUCACCCUAAGGAGCACCAUGCCCCCAUCGAUGCAAAGGAUUUUCCAGAUCUUGAGCCAGAAGCAAAGGAAAGAGAAGCUAAGCUUGCAGCUGCUAAGAAGAGUGAGUAA